ACAUGCGUGAUUCGGUUGUGUUUUGGUUUUCUCUCGGGUCAAUUUUUGGUUUCGAAUAAACAAUAACAGUAUUCAUAGUAGUUCAUUCAACAAAACCAUUGUGCUAAAAUGUUCCAGCAAAUCAACCGAUUAGUGGUGUUACGGAGAAGAAACCCCUGUCGGAAAUUGGUCAGUACCUGGUCACCUUUAACGACGGCCUUCAACACACGACCCGAGAAGAGAAUCAAUUUCACUAAAAAUGAAGUGGGACUUUUCAAUAUACCGGAGCUGACGAGCUUCGAGGGAUUCUACGCUCUCAAGGAGAAGGCCAUCUUCAAAACAGAAGAUCUGAUCAAGGAAGCAACUUCAGACAAUCGAACUCGCAAAAUGGUUACUAUUUUCGAUGAGCUAUCCGAUACUCUGUGUAAGGUGGCUGAUCUGUCGGAAUUCAUUCGGCUGGCACAUCCACAGGCCAAAUAUAGUCAUGCGGCGGAGGAUGCUUGCAUAACGAUUAGUGGAAUAGUGGAAAAAUUGAAUACUCAUGAGAAGCUAUAUCAGUCUUUGAGACAGGUGGUGAACGGAAACGAGUUGAUGAAGACGACCGACGUGGACAAGCACGUGGCAGAACUGUUUCUGUUUGAUUUCGAACAAAGCGGGAUUCAUUUGACGGAAACCGAUCGGAAAAGGGUAGUCUUUCUGAAUGAUUGUAUUCUACAACUAGGACAGCGAUUUAUGGCCGGUGCUGUGCAUCCACGAACGAUCAGAAAAAGUAUACUGCCAGAGGCAAUCAGACCAUUCUUUUCGACUGACGGCGAUAACAUCUUGGUUUCCGGAUUGUACGCGGAUUCGUCGAACAACAUGGCAAGGGAAGCGGCUUAUAGGCUGUUCCUUUACCCGGAUAACAAUCAAGAACAGUUGCUAUCGGAUCUGUUGAAGUCCAGACAUGAUUUGGCAACGGUUUGUGGUUUUCAAACGUAUGCCCACAGAGCACUGAAAGCUAGCACCGUUGAGACACCGGAAAUGGUGAAUGAGUUUCUGCACACUCUAAACGAAGAGCUUGCACCCCGCGCAGAACGAGAUUUUGCCCUGAUGCAGCGAAUGAAAAAUGCUGAAAGCAGCAUGCAAACUCCUCUAGCUACGUGGGACACUCCGUACUUUACGUCUAGUCUUAAGAAACGGUGCCUGCAGACAUCAGCUUCGGAAUUCUCACCCUAUUUUAGCUUGGGAGCUUGCAUGGAAGGUCUCAACCUGCUGAUGAAUAGUUUGUACGGAAUCAGUCUGGAAGUGACUGAAAUGGAACCGGGUGAAUCUUGGUCACACGAUAUCUAUAAGCUGUCUGUUACGCACGAGUCGGAAGGCCUGCUCGGUUACAUCUACUGUGAUCUCUUCGAACGCCAGGGAAAACCCAACCAAGACUGCCAUUUCACUAUUCAAGGUGGUAAAAUAAUGCCCGACGGAAGCUAUCAGAAUCCGAUUGUUGUGGUGAUGUUAAAUCUUCCUCAGCCCCGCUGGUCCGGGCCGACGCUGUUGACGCCGUCAAUGGUGGACAAUCUGUUCCAUGAAAUGGGACAUGCCAUGCAUUCGAUGUUGGCCCGUACCGAGUAUCAGCAUGUGACCGGGACUCGAUGCAGUACUGACUUCGCCGAAGUGCCAUCAGUUCUCAUGGAAUACUUUGCCAGCGAUCCGCGCGUUCUACGAACGUUCACAAAACAUUUCCAGACACAGGAACCGAUGCCGGAAGAUAUGCUUCAACGUCUGUGCGCCUCGAAGCACCUAUGUUCCGCUAGUGAAACUCAACUGCAGGUUUUCUACUCUGUGCUGGAUCAGGUAUACCACGGGGACCCGGCGAGACAUCUCGAAAGCACCACAGAAACAUUGCGGACAGUUCAGGAACAGUUCUAUGGGCUACCGUACGUUGAAAACACUGCCUGGCAACUGCGGUUUAGCCAUUUAGUAGGGUAUGGGGCUAAGUACUAUUCCUAUCUUAUUUCGAGAGCCAUCGCAUCCUGGAUUUGGCAGACGUACUUUGAGAAGGAUCCACUCAGCCGAACACAGGGAGAAAAAUAUCGUCGCGGUUGUCUCGCGUACGGAGGUGGAAUACCCAGCAGGCUGUUGGUGUCCAAUUUCCUAGGACGGGAAGUCACACCGAGCAAUUUGACGAAAAGUUUGAUUACCGAAAUCGAUGGUUACAGCGAGCGACUGCAGGAAUUCGAGCGACAUUUCUAGGACUAAUGCUUGGACCUUAGAUUCUUUAUAUGAUGAACGGAAUAGAAAGUUGUGAUCGUAAAUUUUACUUUUUGUACCUGAAAAAUAUCCAAAUGUUUGUCUUGUUGGGUCAGUUGGCAUGGAAUGACCGACCGAGUCUCUUGAAACAGAUACUAAAAGGUGUUUCUUUCAACAAUUCACGAAAUAUACUUUAUGUUCGUUAUUUAUUUGAA